AUGUUUGAUGCGGCUAUGGAAGCAGCAAAGGAUAUUCAAAAUUCGGUCGUACUCUUCAAUUUUCUCAUUGAAGAUCUCCAGAGGACAGUUCGGGUUCCUGUUGUUAUUUGCAUAGACCAAUAUAAUGCGUUCCUUGUGGAUCAUGAGGCAGUUCUGGAGUAUAACAAGGCGCCGACCACUAUAUCAUGGGGAAGCAAUCCUAUUGGUAGGAUAUUCUCCGACUGGAAUAACUUCAAUGUCCAACGAGGUGCCGUCCUAUUUGCCUUCACAUCUUCCUAUCAUGGCGGUAAAACAGCAAUUGAUGGAAACUCGAGACUAUUUACACGUAUUUCACCCUACAACAACGAUGAAUGGGCUAAAAUGACCAAUCGUUUCACAGACAGUUUGCCUCCCGAUACUGGUUUCCUAAGGAACUUUGUCGGUGGUAUACCUAGAGAACUCGGCCGCUUCAUGAAGAUUUGGGAUAAGGAACGUCAUAAUGGGGUAGACAACGUGAUGAAACUUUAUACUAAGGAUGCAACAGAUUAUUUGUUGGAUAAGAAGAGAAUGAAAGAAGAUGUCAAGGAAAGCACCGUAUUUGCAGCAAAAAUUUUUAUGGGAUCACCUAUGGAUGAUGUACCAGAUUCGUGGGAAAAUUCUGGGAUGGCAAUAUUUAAAGCGUUUGACGACAGCCACACAAAAAAUGCCAUCAGCAUAUUGAGAGGGGAUAAAACGAUAAGCUGGCAGGUGCUAGAGCUCUGUGUGCAACAUCGCUUUCGGAUGGCAGCUAUGAGUGCCAAUAUUGUUGAAAUGGAGUAUAUGGAUCUAACACAAAAAAAAGAAAAAGAAAAAAUUCAAAUAUCUGCCCAAAACAUCAUCAUUCAUAACGAUAUUCCUGUCGAGCUUCCGACCAUUCAUCCAGGAACAGUUUAUAUUUGUUGGCGAGACGCAGCUGUGGUCGAUUUUUUUAUUUACAAUCAUGAUUGCAAGAAGAUAUUUCUACAAGUAUCCGAACAACCUUAUGCAAAGCACAAAACUAAACUUCCCGAUCUAUUUACCACCACCAUAACCCGUCAUAACCUUUCUGUUUACGACUUUUUUUCAAAAUGCAUUGACGAGACAUAUGAUCCAUCAGAUCGAAAUUCCCUGGACGAGAAUGAUUAUUAUGUUUAUUUGACUACUAGUGACAUCCUUCUAAGUCAGGAUCAGGUCUUAUCUCUUAUUCCACCUAAUCUUGAAUACUCCAAUGAACUGAGUUCUAGUAGAGCAACGACAAAAGGAGAAUUUACAGCGCCUUCAGACUUGAUUUUAUGGAGAGAAUUUUUUGAUGAAGUGGCUUUAUGUUCCUUUGGACAACAACAAAAAUAUCAAGAACCGAAUUUCCGCGAAUUCGAUAUGGUUGCUAAUGAAGAAUCAGUUCGGAUGGCCAUGGAUCAUAACAUCUUUCACGUCCUGAAUGGAGUAAUGAAAGAUGAAGAAAUUGUAUUCACAAAUCAAUGUCUCGGUAAUACGGUUGGGGUGCCAGACUUUAUUGGCAAAAAAGGGGAUCAACUCAUACUGACAAUAGAAGUCAAAAAAGAAUGUAUUUUGCCUCUUGGUGAUCGAACAUUUCCCGAUUAUUAUGCUGUUGAUUCUACAGCACGAACGGUUAUAUCACAAGCAUAUACGUAUAUGGCUAGUAACAGACUUCGAUAUGGUGUACUAACAACGUAUCAUCAACACUGGUUUCUAAGGCGACAAGAAGGAUCCAAAAUAUUAUCUAUUUCCAAAACACUCAAUCUUCAAUCUGAUAACCCUAUGGUGCUAAAAGCAUAUGCGUAUCUUGCAAAGCAGGCAAAGGAACAACAUUUCUGUGAACAUCCUGAUGUUAUGAUUGGGUCGCCGAAUGAAAAUUCUCAAUCGGAACCACCACAAAGAUAUCCGUUUCGUCCACGUAAGAACAAUUCUAACAGCGCUCCGCAAGAAAGAACGGAACCGCAGGGCUCAGGGAACUUUCAGUCUGGCAAUUUCGUCGGGGAAUAUCUGGGUUAUGGCAGGAGUGGAACUACGUUCA